GACGACUUAUAUCACAUGUAGCGUGGAUAGUCUGAUUUUCAGACUCCAUCCUACUCGGAAGAAUCGGCUAGUCGAACAGGUUAUAACACGAUCAAUGGUCUGUUUAGUGUAGUGUAACAUAGCCCUGGAGCUGACGGCUGAUGUCCCUGUAGAGCUGAUGAUAGGUUUCAGACAAGCGUCUCUGACAGAGGCGUUGUUUAUCUCCUAGUUCUGCGUCAUCGAUGUUCUCCACUGAAUUACUACGUUGACUCAGAGACUGUGAAUGAGGAUUAUUUUGUCUGUUCUCUAAGGAUGAAAAGACUUUAUAUCGUAUAUUUUCGUUCUCAGGCACAGGCGUUGCAGUGCAGAUUGUCUUUUCAGAAGUGAACUUAAAAGAAUAUCCCUUUUAUUAAUUCAUCAACAACCGAUUCUUAAUAUAGUGUUCUCAUAAUAUCGAACAGCUGCCCACCAGCCGUCUCACAUCAGACUUCCCUUUCCAAUGAUUGUUCGAGGAACGCUGAAUUCAGAAAUGAAGUUAAUACUCAUAUAAACACUUUUCAUCGAUGGAUAUAUUAUUCUCUCGCAACGUCAAAGACAAUAUCUGAAGAAUUUUCUUGGCAUCGAGAUUUCUUUUCUGGAGAGCUUUGCUGCACUAAUAAAUUUGGAGCUCCAUUUCCCACGAGUUUUACCGACGCACUGCUGAAGUAUGCCCACCCAGGGCACGUCUGCCAGUGGUCUGGCACCUUCAAAGCCCAGUUUCCGCGUCGUGAUGCUGGGGGACCAGGGCGUGGGCAAGUCCAGCAUUUCUCACCGGUUCAUCAAGGACGACUUCCUCGAGAACAACGCCCCCACAGUUGGAGGCGACUUUCGGGCGUGCGCUGGAAUGGGUCAAAGAGUUGCACACACAGGCUCCCCCCAACACGAUUGUCAUUUUGUGUGGGAACAAAGCUGAUAAAUCAGAGCAAAGACAAGUCAAUGAUGAGGAAGCGUCCAAAGUGGCAAAAGACAAAGGUCUGUUGUUCACAGAGGUCUCUGCCAAGACUGGGGUCGGAGUUCAGGAUAUCUUCCAGGUCAUAGCUAACAAAUUGGCGGGGAAAUCCAACAAUCCAGUAAACUCACCACCGUCUGAAGAAACGAUCAAGCUCAAGAAGGAAAACCAUCAGAAAUCGUCAUGUCCCUGCACUUCUUAACACCAGAGAAAAACGUCAAAUGAUCUUUUACACCCAACGCUUACGUGAAUAUGAUUGGUAACGGCCCCCAGGAUUUGACUAAAGCAAAAGCAAUAAAGAGCUGAGCAGUUUUUCAAGCUUGGAGGAUUUGAUCAAUGAUCAUAAAACGAUGAUGACUUGGCAGCUCUCUUCCAGAAGUCAAGACUUUUGAAAGAUUACGUGCUCUUUGCAAGACGAUGUCGUUUGUUUAUCAUGGUUGAAUAUGAUCCAAGAAAACAAAUAAUGUUACUUAAUUUUUCUCAUUUCUUUUACUCUUGGUCGUGAACCGGGUAGGGGUGGGGCUAUAAUAAAUAAAGUGGUAGAAUGUAUUUAUUUUAAAAAGUAGGGGUAGGAUUAUAAUAUAAAAUUUGGUAUAAUGUAUUUAUGCAAAAAUAUACCUUUCCUAUCCCCACCCAAAUUUGUAUUUAUUUCACUGAGGAGAGGGAGAGAGGGCUUCUGCUGUUGUCUCCCUUUUACUUCGCUUUUAUCCAUUUGGAUAUUCCCAAGAUAUAAAUAAAUACGUCAACCGUUU